AUUUAUGGAUCAUUUCACGUGUUUUCCCUCGCGCUGAGCGGAAGUGUGGAACUGCGGAACAACGUGAAUCAGCGAACAGACCGAGCGGAACUCCGCCGGGACACCUGCCGGACCGCGGACAUGCGGACUACGAGUCCGAUGCUGCCCCCGGUUUAGAAGAGCAAACUUUCGGAUUAUUUCGGUUUCUUAAUGGGAGCAACAACACGACCUUCGUAGUUUGUUCGUCCAGGGAGGGAGCGCGAUGUCUGUGAACGAGCUGUACACAAAGUUCACGCGGGUCUGGAUCCCGGACCCGGAGGACGUCUGGAGGGCUGCAGAGAUCGUCAGAGAUUACAAGGAAGGAGAACCGGUUCUUCAUCUGAAACUGGAGGAUGAGACGCCUCUGGAGUAUCCUGUGGGGACGAAGAGUAACCCUCUUCCUUUCCUGCGUAACCCCGACAUCCUGGUCGGGGAGAACGACCUCACCGCUCUCAGUUACCUGCAUGAACCUGCGGUUCUGCACAACCUGCGAGUCCGCUUCCUGGAGUCCAACCACAUCUACACGUACUGCGGGAUCGUGCUGGUGGCCAUCAACCCGUAUGAGCAGCUGCAGAUCUAUGGAGAGGAGGUCAUCACCGCCUACAGCGGCCAGAACAUGGGCGACAUGGACCCUCAUAUAUUUGCUGUGGCCGAGGAGGCGUACAAGCAGAUGGCCAGAUUUGAGAGGAAUCAGUCCAUCAUAGUCAGCGGAGAGUCCGGAGCGGGAAAGACGGUUUCUGCAAAGUACGCCAUGCGUUUCUUUGCCACAGUGGGCGGCUCAGCUAAUGACACCAACGUGGAGGAGAAAGUGCUCGCCUCCAGUCCCAUCAUGGAGGCUAUUGGAAAUGCAAAAACAACUCGAAACGACAACAGCAGUCGUUUUGGAAAGUACAUUCAGAUCGGAUUCAGCCGACAUUACCACAUCAUCGGCGCCAACAUGCGAACGUACCUGCUGGAGAAGUCACGGGUUGUUUUUCAGGCUGAAGAUGAGAGGAACUAUCACAUAUUCUACCAGCUGUGUGCCUCGGCCAGUUUACCAGAGUUCAAGGACCUCGGCCUCACCAGCGCACAAGAUUUCACUUUCACGUCGAUGGGCGAGAACAUCUUCAUCGAGGGAGUGAACGAUGCCGAAGACUUUAAGAAGACCAGAGAGGCCUUCACACUGCUGGGGAUCAAGGACAGCAGCCAGAGCAGCAUUUUUAAAGUUGUCGCCUCCAUCCUUCACCUGGGAAACGUCGAGAUCUGCUCCGAGCGAGACGGAGAGUCCUGUCACAUCGCCAACGACGACCUCCACCUGAGACACUUCUGCGGGCUGCUGGGCGUGGAGCUGCAGCAGAUGGAGCACUGGCUCUGUCACAGGAAGUUGGUCACCGCUUCUGAAACGUACGUGAAGAAUAUGUCCAGCAAACAGGCGACCAACGCCCGCGACGCGCUCGCCAAACACAUCUACGCACGCAUGUUUGACUGGAUCGUGGAGCACAUCAACAGGGCCCUGCACACCUCCUCCAAGCAGCACUCCUUCAUCGGAGUCCUGGACAUCUACGGGUUUGAGACAUUUGAGGUGAACAGCUUCGAGCAGUUCUGCAUCAACUAUGCCAACGAGAAACUUCAGCAGCAGUUCAACUCUCAUGUGUUUAAGCUGGAGCAGGAGGAGUACAUGAAGGAGCAGAUCCCCUGGACUCUGAUAGACUUCUCCGACAACCAGCCCUGCAUCGACCUGAUCGAGGCUCGACUCGGAGUCCUGGACCUGCUGGACGAAGAGUGCAAAGUGCCAAAGGGAACGGAUCAGAACUGGGCCCAGAAGCUCUACAGGCAGCAUUCCAGCAGCGCUCACUUCCAGAAACCUCGUAUGUCCAACAUCUCCUUCAUCAUCAUACACUUCGCCGACGAGGUGGAAUAUCAGUGUGAGGGCUUUCUGGAAAAGAACAGAGACACUGUCUACGAAGAGCAGAUCAACAUCCUGAAAGCCAGUCAGUUUCAGCUGGUUGCAGAUCUGUUUCAUGAGAAGGACGACGUCGCCUCCUCGAAGUCGUCCAGAGUGAACGUCCGACCGGCGAAGUCGCUCCCCAAAGCUCCCAACAAGGAGCACAGGAAGACUGUCGGACUCCAGUUCCGCAGUUCUCUUCACCUCCUCAUGGAGACUCUGAACGCUACGACUCCUCAUUACGUUCGCUGCAUCAAACCCAACGACCACAAGGAGGCCUUCUCGUUCGACUCGAGGCGGGCAGUGCAGCAGCUCCGAGCCUGUGGAGUCCUGGAGACCAUCCGGAUCAGCGCGGCCGGAUAUCCGUCCAGGUGGACGUACCCGGACUUCUUCAGCAGGUAUCGGGUGCUGCUGAAGAAGUCAGACAUGAUGUCGGCAGACAAGAAGCUGGUGUGUAAAAACCUGCUGGAGACGCUGAUCAAGGAGCCAGACAUGUUCCAGUUUGGGAAGACAAAGAUCUUCUUCCGGGCCGGGCAGGUGGCGUACCUGGAGAAGCUCAGGGCGGAUAAGUUCCGGUCGGCCUGUAUCAUGAUCCAGAAGACGGUUCGAGGUUGGCUGCAGAGAGUUCGAUACCGGAAGAUCCGCAAGUCUGCCAUCACUCUGCAGAGAUACGGGCGGGGAUACCUGGCCCGCAGAUAUGCCGACUUCCUGCGCCUGACUCGAGCCGCCCUCAUCUGUCAGAAACAGUACCGUAUGGUGAGAGACCGACGGGCCUUUCUGAAAGUGAGACAGUCUGUGGUCACCAUCCAGGCCUUCGCCAGGGGGAUGUUCACCCGCAGGAUUUACUGGGAGUUCCUCCUGCACCACAAGGCCAUGAUCAUCCAGAAGAACGUCCGCCGCUGGCUGCAGAGGAAGAAGUUCAGGCGAGCGCGCGCCGCCGCCAUCGUCAUCCAGUGCGCGUUCAGACGCAGGCGAGCCAAACGGCAGCUGCAGCAGCUGAAGAUCGAAGCUCGCUCCGCCGAGCAUCUGAAGAAGCUCAACACCGGCAUGGAGAACAAGAUCGUCCAGCUGCAAAGGAAGAUGGAUGAUCAGUCCAAAGAGCUGAGGACUCAGAACGAGCAGCUGCUGAUGGUCAACACCUCUCUGGGCUCGGAGGUGAACAAGCUGCAGAAGCAGCUGGAGCUGGUCCGGGGUCAGCAGGGUGGAGGAGGUCAGCUGACGACGCUGCAAGAGGAGCUGGAGAGGCUGAGACGGGAGCUGCAGGAGGCGCUGGCUCAGAGGAAGAAGCUGGAGGAGGAGCACAGCAACGAGAAACUGGGACUGCAACAGAGGGUGGAGGAGCUGGAGACAGAAAACGCUCUGCUGAAGAGUGAAAAGGAGGAGCUGAACAGAAGGAUUCUUCAGCACUCAAAGAGCUCUGAAGAGGACGGCAGCAGUGUGUCUCAGAGGGAGGCGUCUCUGCAGACGGAGCUGGAUCAGGAGCGGCAGCGUUAUCAGAAUCUGCUCCAAGAGUUUUCCAGACUGGAGCAGAGAUACGACAACCUGAAAGAGGAGGUGUCCCUGGCCAAGUUCCACCCCGGCCACAGGAGGAACCCGUCCAAUCAGAGCAGCCUGGAGACGGACUCCAACUACACGUCCAUCUCCACCUCGGAGGUGGGAGACACGGAGGACUCCAUCCAGCUGGUGGAGGAGAUGGGGCUGGAGAAGGCCGCGAUGGACAUCAGUCUGUUCAUGAAGCUGCAGAAGAGAGUGAGGGAGCUGGAGCAGGAGAGGAAGAGACUGCAGCUCAGCGUGGACAAGAUGGAGGAGCUCGCCAAGCGCAAGGGCUCCGAGUCGAGGAGUUCCACCUCUGAGCAGGAGACCGCAGACCUGGCCUACAACAACCUGAAGAGGCAGGAACUGGAAACAGAGAACAAGAAACUGAAGAAUGACCUGAACGAGCUGAGGAAGACCAUCGCUGAGCGUGCGGCUCAGAACAACUCCUCCAAUGAGCUGCAGGACAGCUACAACCUGCUGCUCAGCCAGCUUAAAGCAGCCAAUGAGGAGCUGGACGCCCGCAAGGAGGAAGUGAUCAUCCUAAGGACUCAGAUCGUCAGCACGGCCCAGCUGCUGGAGAAGAACGAUCAUAUAGAGAGCACUAAAGUUCCUGAGCUGGACAACAGCAAAGAGCCUGUGGACAAAGAGGAGGCUCUUCAGGCUUAUCAUGGACUGCGCGAGUCCAAGAAUUCACAUCAGGACUGGUGUUAUUUGAAUGAAGAUGGCGAGCUGGGUUUGGCUUACCAGGGUCUAAAACAAGUGGCCAGGCUGUUGGAGGCUCAGCUGCAGACUCAGUCCAGGCAGCACAAAGACGAACUGGAGGCUCUUCACACUCAGAUCGAGCUGCUGAAAGACGACAUCGAGAAGAAGCAGGAGAUCCUGAACUACACCUCGUCUCUGUCGCCGGAGGCUCAGGUGGAAUACAGCGUCCAGCAGGAGCUCACGCGGCUCACCAACGACAACCUGGACCUCAAGGAGCUGGUGGAGAAACUGGAGAAGAACGAGAGGAAGCUGAAGAAGCAGCUCAGGAUCUACAUGAAGAAAGUCCAGGAGUUAGAAGCUUCUCAGGCAGCCGCAGCUCAGACCGGCAGGUCCAAGCCUGAACUGAGCCGUCAGGUGACCGUCCAGAGGAAAGAGAAGGACUUUGAGGGGAUGCUGGAGUACUACAAGGAGGAUGAAGCCCUGCUGCUCAAAACUCUGAUCACAGACAUCAGGCCCAGCAUAGUGUCGGCCACAGUUCCCUGCCUGCCAGCUUACAUCCUCUUCAUGUGCAUCCGCCACGCUGACUACAUCAACGACGACCAGAAGGUGGAGUCUCUGCUCACCUCCACCAUCAACUCCAUUAAGAAGGUCCUCAAGAAAAACAACGAGGACUUCGAGAUGACGUCCUUCUGGUUGGCCAACACCAGCCGUCUCCUUCACUGUCUGAAGCAGUACAGCGGCGACGAGGUGUUCAUGACGCAGAACUCAACCAAACAGAACGAACACUGCCUGAAGAACUUUGACUUGGCAGAGUACCGACAGGUGCUGAGUGACCUCUCCAUCCAGAUCUACCAGCAGCUCAUAAAGGUGGCAGAAGGCAUCAUACAACCAAUGAUCGUGUCGGCCAUGUUGGAGAGUGAGAGCAUCCCCAGCCUGGCGGGGGUCAAGCCGAUGGGCUACAGGAACCGUUCGUCCAGCAUGGACAUGGAGGACGGGCCCAGCAGCUACACGCUGGAGGCUCUGAUCCGACAGCUGGGACAGUUUCACGGCAUCAUGCGGGACCACGGUUUGGACCCCGAAAUCGUGGGUCAGGUGGUCCGACAGCUCUUCCACUGCAUCAACGCCGUCACCCUCAACAACCUGCUGCUGCGCAAAGACGUGUGCUCGUGGAGCACCGGGAUGCAGCUCAGGUACAACACCAGCCAGAUGGAGGAGUGGCUGCGAGGAAACAACCUGUACCAGAGUAAAGCUGCAGCCACUCUGGAGCCCAUCAUCCAGGCCGCCCAGCUGCUGCAGGUCAAGAAGAAGACCACUCAGGACGCCGAGGCCAUCUGCUCGCUCUGCAGCAGCCUCACCACCCAGCAGAUAGUGAAAAUCCUGAACCUGUACACUCCUCUGAACGAGUUUGAAGAAAGAGUCACGGUGUCCUUCAUCAGGAACAUCCAGAACCGUCUUCAGGACAGAAACGACCCUCCUCAGCUUCUGCUGGACACGAAGCACGUGUUCCCCGUCCUCUUCCCGUACACGCCAUCCGCUCUCGGCCUGGAGACGCUGCACAUCCCUGCCUCCCUCGGCCUCGACUUCCUCAUCAGAGUCUGAGGGCUGUGAUUGGCCGCCUGCUUGUAGCCCGGGACGACGGACUGCGCUUCAACAUCCUGAGCGGACAGACGGACGGAGAUAUUCACUGACGUCUCGCAGACACCUCCUCCACAGGCCUCAAACAUCUGGAGACGCAGCCCGAGGAGGUGUCUGUCCCUCUUCACCGUGUCCCCUCCUCUUCCUCCUCCCGUCUCGGGUGGCUCAGAGCUGCGUCUCCGGUCUACCGGACGUCUCUUUUUACGGACGUCUGCGGGGACAAACUGACAGCAUCAUAGACUCUGCUAACACUCCCACAAUGCAAUGCUCCACGUUUUGUCCUGCGAUCAGAAGGUUCAGGUCUCUGCUGUUGAAGUAGCAUUAGCGGCCUAGCAUUAGCGACCUAGCAUUAGCGGCCUAGCAUGCUAACGGUUUAGCAGACGGACUGCGAGUCUUCUGCUUGCUGUUAGUUUGUGGACGAGUGAUGCGCGAUGAAGAUGAGUUUGAAUGGAAGUGAAGGGUUCCGGCACAGUUCGAGCUCUUUUGUCUCGUGUGAUUUGUACUGUAACUGUAACUAUGUGGUGAAACUAAUUAAUGACUAAUAACACUAAUUAAUAACUGAAAUCACUUUAUAGCCCCCGAAGCCGUUUGAACUCUUCGUUAACAUCUUUACGAGCCGCAUCCUGUCGGAAACAUGAAGGAGUUUGACUCUUCUGUGUAGAAUAACAACAAAUGAAUCAAAUGUGUCUCCGUGAAUUGUCCUCUACUGUCUUCAGGUGUCUUCUCUCGACGAAGCUCGAGGGAACGUCCACCCUGAUCCUGUGAUGUUCUCGAUUGUUUCUUCUUCGUCACGAUGAAUAAAUUCCUCGGUGAUUUUCUUCUGA